CUGCAAGAGCUGCUAAUGAAGCCAAAGGACAAAUCUUGGCUAACACCUCUCACGAACUUCGAACGCCGUUAGGAGCGAUCAUAGGAGUAUUAUCAGCAUUUGAGGGUACUCCAUUGACGAAAGACCAAAAAGAAAUGGUUCAAAUAAUGAUGCGUGCAUCUGACAUUGUUCUUGCAGUGGUCAACGACAUCCUUGACGCAGCGAAACUCGAGGCACAGAAACUUACGCUUGUAAACAGGACCUUUGAUCUUCUUUUUUUGGUCGAAGAAACCAUCGACAUUUUCGGGGAACAGGCAGGAAAUAAGAGGAUUGAACUGAUCUUAGAUUGCGAUCCUACCUCUUUACCUAAAUAUGUGAAGUCCGAUCCUGACAGCAUUAAGUUUACGGAAACUGGUGAAGUGGUUCUCAAAAUUUCAAUGGCUUCGUCAAAUAAAUUGAUCACCAAAGGGAUUGACUCAAGAGAUGAGAAUAAUGUUAUCGGGAAAGAAAAAUUAUUUAUGGAAUUUGUUGAUACUGGCAUUGGGAUAGAUGCCGUCUUUAUGACGCGCAUAUGGGAUAGCUUCUCGCAGGAAGAUGCCUCAACGACGAGGCUCCAUGGUGGUACGGGUUUAGGCCUUUCAAUUUGCAAACAUUUGAUAACUAUAAACGGAGGUGAAUUUGGUGUCGAAAGCGAAUUGGGAAAAGGAAGCCGAUUUUGGUUCACUUGGAAU